AUGUCUCCCUUUGCCGGCUUCAGUCGCGCAUUCUACGGCCACCCCGGCCGCUGGGCCGUUGGCACGGCCAAGACGCUCGCCUGCUGCCACCUCAUCUGGACCUACGGCUACAGCGUCGGCCCGGCCUCGGGGCCCAGCAUGCUGCCCACCUUUUCCGUGGCCGGUGACUGGCUGCUGGUGGCCAAGCGGUUCCGUGGCGGGCGCGAUGUGCGUGUGGGCGACCUCGUGGUCUACCGGAUCCCCGUCGAGCCGGCCGACGAGGCCGUCAAGCGCGUCAUGGGCAUGCCGGGGGACUAUGUGCUGGUGAACUCGCCCGAGGGCCAGAGCGAUUUGAUGAUUCAGGUCCCGCAAGGGCAUUGCUUCCUUGUCGGCGACAACCUGCCGGCAUCGCGGGAUUCCCGCACAUUUGGCCCCGUCCCCCUGGCCCUCGUUCGCGGCAAAGUGAUAGCCAAGACGUGGGAGUGGAUUGUGAAUCCCAUGGACGCCGAGGAUGCUGAGGCACCUGUUUGA